AUGGCGAGACAUACAUUUUUGGUCAUUUUGGGAUUUUUAUUCCUUGCUACAUUCGCUUCAGCGAAACCAGCAAAAAAUCGUAAACUUCUCCCGUUUGAGGAUAAUUUCGAUUCAGAUUACGAUUAUAGCUCUGAGGAGUUCCGUUAUUUGUCGUUAGAUGACAUUCAGAAUGCUGUUUCUUAUGAAGUUAAGCAAAAAGGAGCUUCAAAGUUGUUCAUGUUAAAGCAACGGGUUAAGAGACAAGCUGACAUGCCUUCGACAAUGGCUCCUAUGGAAGAAAGUACGACAACAACUAGCACGGCUUCGACAACGACGCCAGCUACAACGACAUCUACUGAGAGUACUACAACGACCUCUACGACGCCAUCUACUACUGAAAGUACAACAACAACGAGUACAACGCCAUCUACGACGACAACGACAACUACGACGACGCCAUCUCCAAGCAGCAGUUCAACAACGACAGAAAGUACGACGACGACUUCAACAACUCCGUCUACAACGACAACUCCAUCUACAACGACAACUUCAAGUACGACAGAAAGUACAACGACGACAUCUACAACGCCUUCGACGACAACGACCUCUACGGAAAGUACGACAACUACUUCAUCAACGACGCCAUCUACUACAAAAACAACAACUUGCAUGACUACAACUACGAAAAAGAUGAGAAAAAAGAACAAAUCUGGAUCAGAUUCAGAUUCUCAUGAAAAACGUCGCAGAAAACACAAGUACAGAAAUCGCAGCAAAAAUCGCGGGCAAGAUGAUGAAGAAGGAUCAACCGAUUGUGAAGAAUCAAAAAUGGAAUCUACAACAACCACGAAACGCCCAAAGAAGAAGGGAAGCGGUUCAGAUUCUGACUCAGGCUCUGGCGAGAAACGCAGAAGAAAGCAUCAUCAUAAAGGAAGACGUCAUUAA